AUGACUCUUCCAACAGAAGACAAACCCUGCAGGUUCCCCGAACCUGGGAACCACAUCACAGCCAUGGAGCCCUACGUAGUAGAUGGAGUAUCCAAGUUGGAUUACGUUGACAGUGUGGAACAAGCCGUGUUUGAGGUGGUGGAACCUCCCAAGAGGUCUCGAGGUAGACUCAUUAUGCAUGGCAUGGUCAUGUUUGGAAGGGAAUUCUGCUAUGCCGUGGAGGCUGCAUUUGUCACGCCAGUUUUGCUCAGUGUGGGACUCCCAAGGAGCUUGUACAGUCUGGUGUGGCUUUUAAGCCCCAUUCUGGGUUUCCUCUUGCAACCUGUCAUAGGUUCAGCAAGUGAUUACUGUAAGUCCCCAUGGGGAAGAAGGAGACCCUACAUCCUGUCUUUGGGAAUCAUGAUGCUAGUGGGGAUCACAAUGUUUCUAAACGGAGACGCAGUGAUAUCAGCCAUAGUACAGGACAGGAAUGUGAAGAGGACGUGGGCUAUCGUGGUGGUCAUGUUUGGAGUGGUGCUGUUUGACUUUGCAGCAGACUUCAUUGACGGCCCUGUAAAAGCCUACCUCUUCGACGUCUGUUCUUAUCAGGACAAGGAAAGGGGCCUUCAUUACCAUGCCCUGCUCACAGGUCUCGGGGGUGCCUGCGGAUACCUGAUUGGAGCCAUGGACUGGGGUCACUCAUCAUUGGGUGUGCUGCUAGGAUCAGAAUACCAAGUUAUUUAUUUCUUCUCCGCACUGACAUGGGGCACUUUUCUCACUGUGCACCUCUUCAGCAUCCCUGAGCAGCCCCUGAGCAGAACAUGCAGGUCUGACUCGUCAGCUAACGCCAAUCUGCUGCUUCUGCACACACAUGCCAACGGCUACGGGGCGCUACCCAAGGAGCAAACGCCCGUGCCGGAUCUGAGGCCUCGUUCUUUCUCUGCCCUGAGCGAGGCAAACGCCGUCACUUCCAGCGCCAAGCAGCCCAACAAAGAGGCACAGAAGCGGAUGACGCUGAAGUCGUUGCUGUCCACUAUGAUUAACAUGCCCAGUCACUAUCGAUGCCUGUGCAUGAGCCACUUGCUGGGCUGGACGGCCUUCCUUUGUAAUAUGCUCUUCUUCACUGACUUCAUGGGCCAGAUUGUUUACAAGGGGAACCCGUAUGCAGAGCACAACUCCACAGCCUAUGCCACUUAUGAGAGAGGAGUGGAGGUUGGCUGCUGGGGACUGUGUAUCAAUGCUGUGUCCUCUGCUCUAUAUUCCUAUGUGCAAAGGCUCCUCUUGCCCUAUAUUGGUCUGAAGGGACUGUACUUUGUUGGUUACUUUGUUUUUGGAUUGGGCACCAGUCUGAUUGGACUGUUUCCAAACAUCAUCUCCACACUGACACUGUGUAGUGUCUUUGGUGUAAUGUCUAGCACACUUUACACUAUUCCCUUCAAUCUCAUCUCUGAGUACCACAGGGAAGAAGAGGACAAAAGGAAAAUGGCCAGUGAAGGCUCUGAUGAUCAAGGACGUGGGACUGGUGUGGACUGUGCUGCUCUUACCUGCAUGGUUCAGUUAGCUCAGAUUAUUGUUGGUGCAGGACUAGGUGCCCUGGUCAAUCUUGCAGGCAGUGUGACGGUGGUGGUUCUCUCAGCUUCAACUGUGGCCCUUAUUGGCUGUCUCUUUAUCGUUCUUUUCAUCAGAUACGUGGAUUAA